UGUUACAACAUGGCCGCAUACAUUGUUUUGAUUCGGACAGAACAGAAGCUUCAAAAAUAAUAUACUCUAUGGCUUUACUUUAGUGUCAUUAGGCUAGGGCUAGAUGUCAGGAUGAGUAUGAAAGCUUUUGAGCUAGUGCCAGCAAUAGAGCGAGGAAAACUGACAUCAGACAAAUUUAAAGCGCAGAUUGAAUCUAUUGAUGUCUGUGGUAAAAAUCUUUACAUCGGCACAAGUGAUUGUUUCAUUUUCCAUUAUUGUAUAGAGGAAAGAAAUCAAGCAGGAAAAAUCGCUUUUCAUAGUGAAAAACAGGGACAUAAAUAUCUGGGAUUGAAAAAGCCAAUAGUUCAAAUCAAAGCUGCAUCUGCCUUAAAUCGUAUAAUUGUUUUAUGUGAUAAUACUGUUACCUUACUGAACAUGUUUGAUUUGGAGCCCGUAUUUUCUGGGGCUAAAAUCAAGGGAGUGGUGAAUUUCUCAGUAAAUGAUAACCCAAUUAGGUCUAAUCCAUUUAGUGUAGAAGUAUGUGUCGCAUUAAAGAAGAAACAACUUCAGAUUUACACUAUAACAGAAGAUAGAAUUGUACAUAUGAAAGAUUUACCGUUACCAGAGCCAGCUAUUAUAACUGGAAUAGAUGAACACUAUGUGUGUGCAGCUUUAAAUACCCAGUAUUGUAUGAUAGAGGUUGAAACUGCUUUCGUUCAAGAUCUCUUUCCGUAUGACAAUGAAAAUACCAACCCUAUGGUUAAAAAAGUAACAAAGGAGGAGUUUUUAUUAAGUGGACCAAAUGCUCUUGGGAUGUUUGUUACAUCUGCUGGUAUAUCUCAGAGACCCCCCAUGCAAUGGUCAGAUAAUCUUAUAGCAGUCAGCUGUGUCCAGCCGUAUAUAGUAGCCAUGAAUGAUGAGUUUAUAACUAUUCACAGUAUUUUAGAUCAACAACAAAAACAAGCUAUUCCAUUUCAAGGCGGGGUAUUUAUGGAUGACUUUGAAGGAAGAUUAUUUAUUGCUUCAGCCAGAGAAAUUUAUUCCCUUGUACCUGUAGCUUUUGAAAAACAAAUUGAAGCACUAUUAUAUGAUAAAAGAGUCGCUGAAGCUUUGGAAUUGGCUGAAAAUGCUCACAAAACAGGAAUGACAAAAGACAAAUUUAUGAAGAUAUACAAAAGAAUUCAGCAACAGGCUGGUUUUAUAGAAUUUAGUCAGCAACAUUUUGAUGAAGCCCAAAAACUAUUUCUAAAUGGAGAAGUGGAUGUUAGAGAGAUUAUCUGUUUAUAUCCUGACCUGAUGCCAUCUGGUAGUAAUUUCACCCGUUCCAGUCCACCGCUGCAUGAAAUCCCAUCUGUCAGUAUAUUAGUAAGAAAUAAUGAUUCAGUUAUGGAAACUUACAAAAGUUUCUUGAGGUCAUUUCUAGAGGAUGUGAGAAAUACAAAGCAAUCUGUUGGAUUAAAACAGGAAAUUGAUGUAGCCUUACUAAAAUUAUAUGCAGAGAAAAAUUCAGCAGAUUUAAUACCACUGUUAGUGAGUGAUACUUCAUGUGAAUUAGCAGAUUGUGUUGAAUAUUUAGAGAGAUACCAGCGUCACCAUGCCCUUGCUCUCUUACAUAAAUAUCAUGGUGAAAAUGAAAAAGCUUUACAUAUAUGGACAAGAUUAGUGAAUGGAGAGAUACAAGAUAAAAGUUUCCAAGGACUUGAAUUUGUUGUGGAUUUUCUUGCAAAUUUAAGUGAUCAUGAAUUGGUGUGGAAAUAUUUAGACUGGGUAUUGGAAAAAAAUGAGGAAUUUGGAGUACAGAUAUUAACACAAAGACCAGCAAAUGAAGUACAGUCAGAGAGAUUACGACCAGACGCAGUUAUUGACUACCUGCAUCGAUUUCCUCUGGCUGUAGUAACAUACCUAGAAUAUUUAGUUUUUCAGAAAAAAUUAGAGAAAGAAAAAUACCAUACUCAUUUAGCUGUAUUGUACUUGGAUAAAGUCUUAAGUUUAACAAAGAAUCAUGGUAGCAAGAAGGAAGAUGUCGAUAUUGCAAGAUGUAAACUACGCCACAUGCUACAAAUGUCAAACUUAUACAGGGUUCAGCUUAUACUUGGAAAAACUAAAGAAACAGAAAUGCAUGCGGAAUGUGCAAUAUUAUAUGGAAAAUUGGAAGAACACGACAAAGCUCUAAGAAUUUUAGUCCAUAAGUUAAAAGACUUUGGUGCUGCUGAAAAUUAUUGUUUAGUAAAUUCUCAAGGAAAAGAAACAAGCUACAGAAAACGUUUAUUCCAUAUAUUACUUAGUGUUUAUCUAGAUCCAUCUUAUGAAACUAAGGAUAAUUUAGUAGCCCCAGCUAUGUCUUUAUUAAAUAGUAAUGUAGCUGAUUUUGAUACUGUAAAAGUUUUACAACUAUUACCCGAUACAUGGUCUGUUAGUUUAUUAUCUCAGUUUUUGUCACGAUCUUUACGUAAAAGUAUGAAUAAAAGUCGAUUAGCACGGAUAGAGACUAUGAUGGCUAGGGGAGAAAACCUCCAUGUUAAACAAACAUGUAUAGAACUUCAACAAGAACCUGUGAUACUCAAUGAUGAUAGGAAUUGUGGUGUGUGUAGUCGAGCCCUAACUGAUCCAACAUUUAUACGAUAUCCAAACAGUGUUGUAACUCAUGUUCAUUGUGCUAAAAAUAAAUAUGUUUGUCCAGUCACAGGCAAAUUAUUCAGUACACGUCCAUCGUGACAUAAUUAGUAUAGGUGUGUAUGCAAUUUGAGAAAAUGAGAUAAAUUUACAUACCGGUACUUCUAUAUGUGUAAUAAUUGUAUCAAGACCUUCAACCAUUAACAGAGAUGAACUGUAUUUCAUGUAAUAGCUGUCACAUUUUCUCUGAAUUCCAAUAAGCAACCUUCUCACUCAUAAUGUCAAACAUUCAUAAUAUACCUUGCACCAUUCUUAAGGUAUAUGCCAGAAAAGAGGUAUUUCUAUAAGCUUUCUAUUUUAUAUUUCCAAUUUCUGGUAGCAACUCAGUCAAAAUUGAUUUCACAAUUUCUUAAAUUGCCAUCAACCAUUAUUAAGCUUAAUGUGCUUAUUCUACUAAUCACGAUAUUACAAAAUGUGACCAUUUUCAAGGUAAUAUUUUAAUGAGUGGGACAGCUAUAUCUAUUUGAAAUACAGUUAUACUAUAACAUUGUUAAAGCAGCAAUAAUCCAUUAAAAAAGUAAGCAUCCUAUAUGCCGCCUUCAUUACACCAGUAUUCAUUCUAAGCAGGAAUUUGCUCCGAAGAAGUUAUGCUCACUCUCUUUAGAUAUAUACUGUUUGGUCUAUUCUCAUCAUUUUGAGAUAUAAAUGUAUCGUACAUAUUAGAAAGAGGACAGUGAUGCGAUGGCUCAUUGAGUAACACAAUGUCUCUCUAGCCAGGAGGCCUAGUGUUGGGGUGGUUUCUCCCCUAGUCAGUUGUGCAGGAUGGAGGACCUGGCAAGGACAGUGUCCAGUUGUUCAGAAGGGAUGGAAAACCAUGUUUCAGUGUACACAUAAAAGAACCUUGAGGGCAUGGCAUCACUAUCCAGGCAAUAUGUCUUCAUAGGAGUUCAUUCGUUCCUAGAGUUUUACGUCCACUUCCACCUAGGGUGAUAUAGACAAGGGCAUAGGAGUCGCAGCUAUUCAUUUGACUGGAAGCACCAAAAGUUUUGUGUGAUCCAGGUGUUAAAGAAUCUAAUAAGCUAUAUUUUACCAUGUACAUAUAAACUCAAAUAUUUGCAACAAAUAUGAAUUACUGUUAAAAGUCGGUAUUGAUAAAUUACUGAUCUGGUUGAAUGUCCCCCUUCUCUAAUAAAAGGAUCACAAAACUCAAUGUUCACAAACUGGGAAAUAUUUUAUAUUUCAAACCUUGGAGAUAACAUUUAAGUUUUUAUUGUAAUCCUUUGUGCUGAAACAAGCUAUAAAACUGGAGCAAAAUAGUCAACAAAAAUUCCAAUGCAAAAGGGGAGGAAGGCUAUAAAUAGAAGGAACUAUAUUCGUGGGUACUAACUUGAGAAUAUUCGGUGGUCUUAUAUCAAAUAAGCCACAUAUAAUUGUCAAAAAACUUGAGAAGAUUACCGAAUGCUAUGGAAGGGUAUCGCUGCCAAUAUUAAAUGCUCUGGAAAAUGUCGUUUCCAUUGCUGGUAUUAGGACUUUGUACAUUGUACUUUUUACAUAUAAUCAAUGGAAACGACAUUGUCGCAGAGCAUUUAAUAUUGGCAGCGAUACCCUUCCAUAGAAUGCAUCAUACUUGGUAAGUAUGGGUCCAAGCUCCCAGGGAAGGAAGUACCAUAUUGACCAGGUGUAAUGAAUACAGCAUUAUUCCUAUAUUUAAUAUAGUCUUAUUUUCACACUGUAUGCACAUUUAUUUAUUCCUUUAUGUUGUUGAAUUAUAAUCAAUGCAAAGUAAAUCAUCAUGCCACAGUCAAUGAUGAUUAUUUUGAGAUAAAAAUUAAUAUAUCAUUAAAUUAAUGCAACCGGUUGUAAUAAAUAAACAUAAAUGACCUGUUGACGAGUUACGAUUUGCAAUUUAAUAGUAGAAAACCUCUUUGUUUACCUCAUUGUUAUGUUGAUUAUCAAGGACCAUUGUUACCAUUUACUUCAUCAUUUUAUUGUUUUAAACUGUUUUUGACCUUACUGCUUAAAUAAAGUAAUGCCACUUACA